ACUAAAAUUCUCCACUCUCCAACCCGGACAUAAUUUCGGAGUUUGUUUUGAUUACAGGUUGAGUAAGUUUGUAGUGUUGGUUUGUUUCUCGAAAAUAUGCCUCUUCCUCCUGCUCUCGCUGCUAAAUUAGCCAAAAGGGGAAUUAUAAAAGAACCAGACCCCGAACCAGCAGCACCAACUGAGGAAGAAAUUAUCGCCGAGGAUUACGAUGACACGCCUCAGCAGACCGCCAUCGCAUACACGCCAGUGGAAUCGCUCUCCAUUGAUCCUUACAUGGGCUAUAUAGGGUGCCCAAAUAAGUGGAAUGUAUACCAUGAAUGUACCCCAAUGUGCAGAGAACAUUGGAAAGAAGGGAAGCAAAUCAGUUCAGAAUAUGACCGUCGCAGGCUAAAGAUGCUGAUCAAAUAUCCCUUGCCAAGUCACUGGAAGGAGAUUCUGGAUCAGGGCUUAGGCCGCUACUACUACUGGAACACAGAAACCGAUCGAGUCUCCUGGUUGCCACCAGGUCACCCUCGCUGCCAAGUAUCACGAUCUGCAGCCACCCUCCGUAAAGAAAUGGCAGCAGAGAUGAAGAAGAACCGCCAAGGAAUUGCAGAGGAAGAUGUUGAGAUGACUCCUGCAGAUGAGGAUGAGGAUAAGGAUAUGGAUGAUGGCAAGAGUGACAGAUCAGAUGCCUCAGAUGACGAGCUAAG